UCUUCAAUUUAUUAUGUCAAAAUCUUUUCUUUCUAUACAAGGGGCAUUCCUUUACCAGCAAGAUUAUUGGUCCAGAAGAUUUUCAAGAAUACUCAUUUUAGGAACUUUAAAAUCACAUAAAUAGAGAUUGAAUCUUUGUUUUACACUCAAACAAGAAAAGUAAAAUGAUGUUAAGGAGUUCAUCGACACCACUUCUUAGAUCUUUACUCUCAGAAAGUCCCAGCAAUCACCACCACCACCAGCACUCUGAUUUAGCCCCUAAUCACACACCCAAUUCCAUUCACCAUAGUUACACCACACUCUCAUGUAACCAUGGUGGAUAUCAGAAUUACACCAAGAUUUUAUACCCUUCUAACUCUCCCAUCUCUCCUUCAGUUUCUGAGCUUAGCAAUGGCAGACAAUUAACAUCUCAUGGUAUUAGAAGAGCUCAAUCUGAAGGGAACUUGGAAGUAUUGGCAAAAGCCUCAACUGAAGAAGUUGAUGAAUUUAGCCUCUCAAAACUACCGAAGACGCUUGUACGUAAACCCCACAAAGCAUUCUUGGAAACCAUUCCAUCUUUCAACAUUCACAAUUCAAGGGAGUUUCAUUCGGACGACGACAGCUAUGAUGAGGAAGAUGAAGAUGAUGACUUUGGUUACAUUAGUAAGCAGUACAGUUUGGGAACUAUUGGUGUAAAAGAGGAAAUGAGUUAUGUGAGUCAAAAUUCAAAGUUAGAAUUUGUUGAAGGCAGAGAAGAAAUGUACCUAGCAAGAGGAAUUGGGAUUGCUGAUAUUGGUUGUUUUGAUGAUGGUGGCCCCUAUGGAGGCUGGGGCAACGGAGGAGGAGGAGGCGGUUAUCGGCCAGUAGCCUUUGAUAGGGAAGGUGGUGGCGACAGCCAGGGGCUCCGCAUAGAAGAGUAUUACAAGAGGAUGUUGGAAGAGAAUCCUGGCAAUUCUCUAUUCUUGAGGAAUUAUGCCAACUUUUUAUACCAAACAAAGAAAGAUCUUAAAGGGGCAGAGGAAUACUACUCAAGAGCUAUUUUAGCAGAUCCAAGUGAUGGUGAAAUUCUUUCACAGUACGCUAAACUAAUAUGGGAGCUUCACCGUGAUGAAGAUAGAGCCACGAGCUAUUUUGAAAGAGCAGUUCAAGCUGCCUCUAGUGACAGCCACAUACAUGCAGCUUAUGCUAAUUUCCUCUGGGAGAUAGAAGAUGAGAAUGAUGAUAUACAAGCACCACGAAUGCUGCAUACCGUAGCUACAGCCUCUAUAACGGCUUGAAUUGAAAGAAAAUCAUUAUUCAUUCAAAUAUUUAACAGCAGUUUUAGCUGAAGCUUAGUGAGCAAUUAGAAAGAACCUGUAAUUUAGCCUCUAAGGUAGUAAUAAAACUGAUGCACAGGACUUCUGUAUUUCUUCUGCUGUCGUGGUUGACUGACUAGCCCUGUGAAUGGUGAAACAGAAGCACUUGUCAAA